CACCCCAUCAUCCAAAGCUGCAUUUGGGAAGUUGCUUCAUCUCCAGUCGUCGCUUCCAGAGUGUGAGGAGCCCAAUAAACAAAUCUGGCUAAAAACAAGGGUUUCUGAAUAACCGCUGAAAGACCGUUGAAAACCCUAAAAGACCGCUGGAUCUCGGUGUCCUGGAAUUCAUGGUGAUCUUUUCUCAGGACGAGAGAGGGUAACUACAAAAAACGGUCAGGAAGCAAGAAUGGGGGCUCCUAAGCAAAAAUGGACAUCAGACGAGGAGGAUGCUCUAAGAGCUGGAGUCGACAAACAUGGAGCUGGUAAGUGGAGAACCAUACAGAAGGACCCAGAAUUCAGUCAAUGGCUCUCUGCUCGGUCAAAUGUCGAUCUCAAGGACAAAUGGAGGAAUAUGAGUGUUAGUGCUGGUGGGCAAGGCUCCAGAGAGAAGCCUAGGAUUCCAAAGGUAAAGGGAGUUCCCUCUCUUCCCUACUCUAGCUCUCCAACCACGUCUGCCCCUCUUGCACAAGAUGUGGUGCCAUUGGCAGUCAUAGAGCCCUCAAAAAGCUUGCAAGAUGGAAAAGCUCCUCAACUUCGGUACAACUCCAUGAUUAUUGAAGCUCUUUCGGCGAUGCGAGAUCCACAUGGAUGUGAUAUUAAUUCUAUUGCGUGCUUUAUUGAGGAAAGAAACGAGAUACCACCGAAUUUCAGAAGGGUGCUCACUGCGAAGUUGAGAAGGCUGGUUGCUCAAGAGAAAAUUGAGAAGAUCCAGAGUAACUACAAACUUAAGAAUCCAUCAUCAAGCAUCAAAACCUCUUUUCAGAGGCAGCCCGAUCAACUGAACCGCCAUGGACCUCCUCAGAGCUUUCCUGGAAACCACGUCAAUGGAGUUGAGGAAGCAGCAGCCUAUGCUGCAUGCAGAAUAGCAGAGGCCGAGUACAGGUUUGAGCUUGCGAAUGAGUCCGCCAAUGAAGCAGCCUGGAUCUCAAAGCUGGCUGAAGAAUCCGAUGCUCUUCUUCUGCUUGCAAAGAACCUAUAUAGUCAGUGUUUGCAGGGUGAGAUAUCAACUGUGGGUUAGGCUUUAAAGCAUUGGUGGUGGUGGCAUCUGCUCAUUUCCGCCGUGUUUUAUUCUACUCUGUAAAUUAAUGUACUCCUCCCUCCCUCUCUCUCUCUCUCUUGCUCUCUCUCUCGAUCUUGGGGCGUUGGAAACAGUUGACCUUUAGUUUUCUGAAAGUUGUGGAAUUAAAGCUUAAGGCUUCAUUUUCUCUUCAAAGCAUGGAAUGGUAAUAGCUGAUUAAUCCAAAAAAUAAA